GCCCUGGUACAGUGUGGGGGGAAGGAGCCGUUCUGCCUGCUCCGGAGGGAAACAAAGCCCGGCUGCAACUGAGUUUCAAGCAAGCUGGGCUGUUAAAAAGGUGAGCAGAUUAACCAUCCCCCAAAUGACGCACUCCCUAAGCCCGUGCACCGAUGGCAGCCCCUCGCUGUGUGGGGUGGCUGUGCCACAGCCCAUUGCCGACAGCUGCAACGAGCCCUGUGUUGUGCAGUGUCCUGACUCAAGGGUGGUCAUCUACCCUCCACCUGUGGUUGUGACCUUCCCUGGACCCAUCCUCAGCACCUUCCCACAGCAAAGCGUCGUGGGAUCUGCAGGAGCCCCUGAAGUUGGAAGUGGCUUCAGCGGUGCCCCUGCUCCUGGGGGCUCGCAUGUGUAUGGCGGUGCCCGGUGGGCACGGGGUUACCCGGUUGGAAGCUGCAGACCAUGCUAAACCUAGUCAGAGGAGCUGCUGGAAGUGGAACGUCCAGGCGAGGAUGAGCAGGACGUAGAUAUCUGGCUGAGCUCCAGGGCUGAGCAUUGGAUG